AUGGCCCAGUCCGUGUGGGGCUACGACAGCGACAACGGACCCGAGCGCUGGCACGAAAACUACCCCCUGGCCAAGGGCGACAAGCAGUCGCCCAUUGAGAUCAACAGCAAGGAUGUGCAGCACGACUCCUCUCUCUCCUCCUGGCACGCCAGCUAUGACCCCGGGGCAGCGAAAACCAUCCUGAACAACGGGCGCACCUGCCGCGUCGUCUUCGACGACACUUUUGAUCGAUCAGUGCUGAGGGGGGGCCCGCUGAGCGGCGCCUACCGCCUGCGCCAGCUGCACCUGCACUGGGGCUCCUGCGACCAGCACGGCUCCGAGCACGUCAUCGACGGCGUCAAGUACGCGGCAGAGUUACAUAUGGUGCACUGGAACCCAAAACACGGUAAUUUUGCUGGAGCUUUAAAACAACCUGAUGGUGUAGCUGUUGUGGGAAUUUUUCUGAAAGUAAGUAGGAAAUAUUCAGUCUUUGUAAUUUUUUUAAUUCUUGAAGAAAUUGAAAACAUUAAGACGAAGGGAAAGGAGGCUCCUUUUCUGCACUUUGAUCCUUCAAUUCUUUUCCCCAAAUCUCGUGACUACUGGACCUACCAUGGUUCAUUCACCACACCCCCCUGUGAGGAGUGCAUCACUUGGAUUCUCCUGCGGGAGCCAAUUGAAGUCAGCUCAGACCAGAUGGCAAAGCUCCGUAGCCUUUCCAAGAACUCUGAGAAUGAACCUGUGAGCCCUCUUGUUGACAACUGGCGCCCACCGCAGCCCCUGAAGGGCAGGAUAGUGAGAGCCUCGUUCAAGUGA